UUUUUUUUUAAUAUAUAUAUAUACGUAUAUAUGUGUGUAUAUAUAUAUGUAUAUAUAACUGAAUAUUAAAGGGAAAAAAAAAUAGACAAAACACUAUAACAACGACAAUAACAAUAUCAAAGAUAAAUACAGAAAUUAAGUAAAAGCUCCGGAUAAGCCCCCCCUCCCCCCCAGAAAUGGCUACGCCGGCGAGGAGACGAUUAAUGAGGGAUUUCAUGAGGCUUCAAGAAGAUCCUCCUGCCGGUGUGAGUGGUGCACCAACAGAUAACAAUAUUAUGCUAUGGAAUGCUGUGAUUUUCGGGCCAAAUGAUACGCCAUUUGAAGAUGGGACUUUCAAAUUAACAAUAAAAUUCACAGAGGAAUAUCCCAACAAACCACCUACUGUCAGAUUUAUAUCAAAGAUGUUUCAUCCAAAUAUCUACGCUGAUGGUAGCAUAUGUUUGGAUAUACUUCAGAAUAGAUGGAGUCCAACAUACGAUGUAUCAUCGAUAUUAACAUCCAUUCAGUCGUUAUUACAUGAUCCCAAUCCGGAUAGCCCUGCUAAUAAUGAAGCAGCACAGUUGUAUAAAGAAAAUAGGCGAGAAUAUGAGAAAAAAGUUGCAGCUAUUGUUCAGGAAAGCUUACAGGACGAGGAGGAAGAGGAGGAAGAACAGUCAUAGCAGAAAAAAACAAAAAACUACAUAUAUAAUGUGUAUAUAUCUUUCACUUUAA